AUGUGGACUGGAUGUAAGAUCUUAAUCUUUUCCUAUCUUACUACAGAAAUUUGGAUGGAGAAACAGUAUUUUUCUCAAAGAGAAGUGAACCCAGGACCUGCUUUCACUAGGAAUCACACAGUUUGGGAAGGUCCUCGAUUCAAGAGAGCCAUUUUCAAAGGGCAAUACUGUAGAAGUUUUGGUUGUUGUGAAGACAGAGAUGAUGAUUGUGCCACUCACUUUUAUGAGGCAAAUGCAUUAUGUUACUGUGAUAAAUUCUGUGAAAGGGAAAAUUCUGAUUGCUGUCCUGAUUACAAGUCAUUUUGCCGUGAAGAGAAAGAAUGGCCUCCUCACACAAAGCCUUGGGAUCCAGAAGGUUGCCUCAGAGACGGUCAACCUUAUGAAGAAGGAUCAGUAAUUAAAGAAAACUGCAACUCCUGCACAUGCUCAGGACAGCAAUGGAAAUGUUCCCAGCUUGUCUGCCUUGUUCAACCAGAACUAAUUGAACAUGUCAAUAAAGGAGACUAUGGAUGGACAGCCCAGAACUAUAGCCAAUUCUGGGGGAUGACUCUGGAAGAAGGUUUCAGUUACCGUCUUGGCACCCUGCCACCUAACCCCAUGCUUCUCAGUAUGAAUGAAAUGACAGCUUCUUUACGUGAAACAACUGAUCUUCCAGAGUUUUUUAUUGCUUCUUACAAAUGGCCUGGAUGGACUCAUGGCCCAUUGGAUCAAAAAAAUUGUGCUGCAUCGUGGGCAUUUUCUACUGCAAGUGUGGCAGCUGACCGAAUAGCAAUUCAGUCCAAAGGUCGAUACACAGCCAAUCUAUCCCCUCAAAAUCUGAUCUCCUGCUGUGCCAAGAACCGACAUGGAUGCAAUAGUGGAAGCAUCGAUAGGGCUUGGUGGUUCCUGAGAAAACGUGGACUGGUAUCCCAUGCAUGCUAUCCACUUUUCAAGGACCAAAAUGCUACCAAUUAUGGCUGCGCCAUGGCAAGUAGGUCUGAUGGGCGGGGAAAACGGCAUGCCACCAAGCCAUGUCCCAACAACAUCGAGAAAUCGAACAGGAUCUACCAAUGUUCUCCUCCAUACAGAGUCUCCUCCAACGAAACUGAGAUUAUGAAAGAAAUCAUGCAAAAUGGACCAGUACAAGCCAUAAUGCAAGUCCAUGAGGAUUUCUUCCAUUAUAAGACAGGGAUAUAUAGACAUGUUACCAGAACAAAUGAAGAGUCAAGCAAAUAUCAAAAGCUCCAGACACACGCUGUCAAACUCACUGGAUGGGGAACACUGAAAGGAGCACAAGGGCAGAAAGAAAAAUUCUGGAUUGCUGCCAAUUCCUGGGGAAAGUUAUGGGGAGAGAAUGGCUAUUUCAGGAUUCUUCGAGGAGUAAAUGAAUCUGACAUUGAAAAGUUGAUUAUUGCAGCUUGGGGCCAUCUGACAAGUUCAGAUGAACCAUAA